AUGGAUCCAAAAUUGUUGUUUUGUUUACCAGAAGGAGAUGCAUUGUUUAAUCCACUCAAUACAAUGUUUAUUCAAAUGGCUUGCAUUCUCGUCUUCUCUCAGUUCUUCUAUCUCUUCCUUAAACCCUGUGGCCAAGCCGGUCCCGUUGCCCAAAUUCUCGCUGGGAUUGUAUUGAGUUUGCUCACGAUAAUCCAAAAAGUCCACGAUUUCUUCCUCCAAAAAGACUCAGCAAGCUAUUACAUAUUUUUCUCAUUCCUUUUACGAACAUGUUUCAUGUUCUUGAUUGGUCUCGAAAUUGAUCUUGAUUUUAUGAAACGAAACUUGAAGAGCUCCAUUGUCAUAACCAUAGGCUCCUUAGUCUCUUGUGGCAUUAUCUGGAUCCCUUUCCUCUGGUUCAUCGUCCAUUUCCUUCAAAUCAAAGACGACUUUUUAACGCUUUACUUAGCCUUCCUCGUUACACUGUCCAACACGGCAUCUCCUGUCGUCAUCCGUUCGAUCAUCGAUUGGAAACUCCACACAUCUGAGAUCGGACGGCUAGCAAUCUCCUGCGGAUUGUUCAUCGAGAUAACCAACAUAUUUCUCUACACAAUCGUCAUUUCUUACAUCUCCGGGACAAUGAUCGGGGAUAUCUUUGCCUACGCAUUUGCCACCGGAAUUAUAAUCUUGAUCAAUAGAUUCUUAGCUUCAUGGCUCCCGAAAAGAAACCCUAAAGAGAAAUACCUCUCCAAAGCUGAAACGCUUGCUUUCUUCAUCCUUAUUCUAAUCAUCGCGUUAAGCAUCGAAUCCAGCAACAUAAACUCCACGGUUUUCGUGUUUUUCAUUGGACUAAUGUUUCCGAGAGAAGGAAAAACUUACAGGACGAUGAUCCAACGGCUGAGUUACCCGAUUCACGAGUUUGUUCUUCCGGUUUACUUCGGUUACAUCGGGUUUAGAUUCAGCGUUAACUCGCUAACCAAACGCCAUUACCUUGUCCUCGGUAUGACAGUGGCUCUUACCAUAAUAGGGAAGCUUCUCGGAGUUUUAUGUGCUUGUUCAUUCCUUCAGAUCCCAAAGAAGUAUUGGCUUUUCUUGUCUACCAUUCUCUCCGUCAAAGGUCAUGUCGGUCUGGUUCUUCUCGAUUCUAACUUGAUUUACAAGAAAUGGUUUAAUCCAAUACUUCAUGAUAUGUUCGUUGCGGUUCUGGUGAUCACGACUUUGCUAAGCGGAGUAAUAUCGUCCUUGUUGCUUAGAAUCCAAGCAAAGGGUUUCUCACACCAAAAAACAUCGCUUGAGUUCCACGAUACCAAAGAGGAGCUACGAGUGUUGACUUGCGUCUACGGUGUGCGUCAAGCUCGUGGAUUGAUGUCUCUAAUCUCUGCUCUAAACGGAGCUUCUUCUUCUUCACCGUUCUCGCCUUGUCUCAUGCACCUCAUACCCCUCCCCAAAAAGCGGAAAGCAGAAUUGUUGUACCACGAACUAGACGAAGAUGGAGUGAAUUCCAACGGUGGAGAUGAUGAGUUUGGUACUAACGAAGGUCUAGAGAUCAAUGACUCGAUCGAUUCGUUUACUAAAGACAGAAAGAUCAUGAUCCGUCAGGUGAAACUCGUGGCCCAGUUGGAGAAUAUGCAUGAAGAGAUAUGUAACGCGACCGAAGAUCUUCGCGUCUCGAUCGUGUUUCUUCCGUUCCAUAAACACCAGAGGAUCGACGGGAAAACCACCAACGACGGGGAGGUUUUUCGGCAUAUGAAUCGGAAAGUUCUAAAGCAUGCUCAGUGUUCGAUCGGUAUAUUUGUGGAUAGAAACAUAACCGGGUUUCACCAGCUUCACGGGUCAGAUUCGGUGCAACACGUUGCGGCGUUAUUCUUUGGUGGUCCUGAUGAUCGUGAGGCUCUGUCAUUGUGCAAGUGGCUUACCAAUAACUCUCAGAUUCACCUCACUAUCAUACAGUUCAUCACAGAUAACUCUAAGAUGGAGAAACUCGUUGGAGACGUGGUGACCAAAGAUAACAACGAAGUUUUCAUGGAGAUUGUUGGUAAAGAUCAGACCGAAGACGAAAUUGAUCGAUGCUUCUUACAGGAAUUCUAUAACAGAUUCGUAACGACGGGGCAAGUUGGAUUCAUAGAGAAGAGAGUGAGCAACGGAACGCAAACACUGAUGAUUCUGAGAGAGAUCGGAGAAAUGUAUUCGCUGUUUGUCGUUGGAAAAAACAGAGGAGAUUGCCCAAUGACAUCGGGAAUGAACGAUUGGGAAGAGUGUCCGGAGUUAGGGACGGUUGGAGAUUUCUUGGCUUCAUCAAACAUGGAUGUAAAUGCUUCUGUAUUAGUAGUUCAAAGACAUAGAAACUCUUUUGAUAGCUUUGUAGAUGAAUAACAAAACAUUCUUUAGUUUUUGUACAUAGCAUAACAAAACUUCAGUUCAAUUAUUUUUACUCU